GGCCAGAAAUAAUUCACCCGGGUUUCCCAUGAUGCAUCGCUUUAUUGUGUCUCGUAGCUCAGGGAGAUGAGGGGAAAGUGACACAGGCGCCCUCCGCUGUCUUCUCACCCGACAGGCGAGUCCUCCUCUCAGGCAGCUCCACCGCCAUGGCCCGCAGGGCGGAGCGCACUUAGCCGCUGCGGCUGCUCGGUUCAUCCACACCUCCCAGCCUGCCACCAGACCCUCGACGGCGGCGUUCAGAGCCAUUAGGUUGCGAGCCUGGUGUGUGUCUGAACGUUAUCAGCCAUGGCAUCUGCAAAUGUUUCCCUGGAAAAUCAGCUGCACAGCGCACAGAAGAACCUGCUGUUCCUCCAGCAGGACCAUGCCAACACGUUGAAGGGGCUGCACGCAGAGGUCCGCAGAUUGCAGCAGCAGUGCACAGACCUGACAUAUGAGCUCACUGUGAGAGGCUCUGAUCCCUCAGACAGCAGCGAGGUCCGUUGCAAGGAGCUGCAAAGGAGGUGUGAGGAGCUCGAAGCUGAGCUCAAGAAGAAGGAGGAGGAGAACACGGAGCUGCUCAGGGAUCUGGAGCAGAAGAAUGCCAUGAUCUCUGUCCUUGAAAACACCAUCAAGGAGAGGGAGAAAAAGUAUUUGGACGAGCUUAAGAUGAAGAGCCACAAGCUGGCCAUCUUGUCCGGGGAGCUCGAGCAGAGAGCGAGCACCAUCGCGUACCUUACCUCACAACUUCACGCCACUAAGAAGAAGCUGUUGGCCGGCAGCUCCUCAGAGGCCAGCCCCAAUGUCAGUCCGGUCACAUCAUACAAGCCCACGCCGCCUCCAACCAAGGACAGACAGCCUGAAACCCCACGUCGCCGUAUGAAGAAGAGCCUCUCGCAGCCUCUUCACCCAGAGUUGACAGAGGUGUACAAGCUCGGCCAGGAUGGGAGGCGGCUAAUUUUGCGGGAGGCGGUUGACGCCAUGCCUGACCCCACACCCUUCCUCCAGGCUGGCAGAGAGUCUCCAGAACCUCAGGUUGUGCGUGAACGGCCUGCUGUCAUCCCUCCCAUUGCAUCUGAGCGCUCCCCCAUCCCUCCCCUGGGUGCCAUGGCCAGCCCUCGUCACAGCCCCGCUCGAGACCGCCAGUACAGGGGUCACGUGGGCGUGGCGCACCGCAUCCCACAUGGCACCCCUCCCCUGGCCCCGCCGCAGGCAGAGCUGGAGACACUGGCCGUGGACCAGGUCAAUGAGGAGAAGGUUGUGCGGAAGCGUUCAGGAGCCGACAGGACAGUUUGAAACUGCAACGCUAAAAUGCACAUUAACAUACACACAUCUACUGUACAUGCACUACACUGCAAUAGCAGGAAUGAGUCUGACCCACUGUGUAGCCUGCUUUUUACACAUCAUUGCAAUGUAAAAGAAAAUCACAAGAUGAUGAUUUUGUUUAUGGUACUCCAUAAAGAGUUUUUCUUAAUAUAUAGUAGAAAAGGACUACUUUAAAGCAUGCCAAAUGUUUCUUAAUACAACCCAUUGAGAUCUUGUAUUACACACAGGUUGUUUUCUUUUGCUUUCAUGUGGUGCACACAACCAACUCUCGGCCAAAUAUCUGCAUCAGUGCCUGCUUGACCGGUUCAUACACGAGCUGCGUAGUGUAGUCAUGGCUAUAGCAUAUCUCUGUCCUCUACAUCUUCUCAGAACCCGUCUGGGCGCAUCAACAAACUAUAUAACAAGAUGUCUGCAGCUGCGUAGGAAUAGAAUUGAAACGAUGAAACGUAAAUGCUUCCAAAACAUCUUUCCUCUUCUUGUGAUAUCAGUAUAAUAAUGUUACUGUAGGUACGAGCUGCAUAAUGUGCAAUUGAAAUCUGCUGGUUGUCAAGGUGAACAACUUUGGUGAAAGAGUAAUUUCACCCGGCACUUGUUGACUGGUGAAAAACAGCAGCGGCGUACAUGUUUGGAUGCAGUAUGUAACGAGAUGAACAGGGAGUCUGUGUGAGUGUGUGUGUGUGUGUGUGUGUGUGUGUGACAUUGAGAGAAAGUGAGUGUGUGUGUUUCAGAGAGAGACAAUGAAGGCCAGUGUGAGAAUUAAGUUUGGGCUUAAACAAUAUCCAUUGAUGUUAUUUGUGAUACAAGGGCAAUUUUGAAAACACUGCUGUAGUAGGAAUUUGUGAUAUUAUUAUUAUUGAUAAUAAUCUGUACUUUAUAAACGCUGUACAUUUGUAAUGAAUUCUUUUUUUUAAUCUAUUGUUUAAUGGAGAACACAAAAGCACCUCAGUAGUUGCUGCACCACCAACUCGCUGGUAAUUAUAAUCACUCAAUAAUCUGCUUUUCACAUUAACACCACUUGUCCUUGAAGUAUAUGAAUCAAUACAAUAAAGCAGUGCUUUUUUGGUUUGGUUA